ACGUUGGUUGACUAUCAAAUCGUCUCUUCUCACGACUUUGUUUUAAAAUUUUAGAAAUAUGAGUACAUCGCCCAGUGCACAUCAUCAGCAUCAGCAUCAGCCCAAGCGCGCAAAAGCGGGUACUACCGACAAGCAGACUGCCGCGGCGAUAGGCAAAGCAGCUGCUCCCAGGAUUACUGCGCAGCCUCCAGUUAAGGGCGACAACCGCUGUCAUUUUUUUGUGGUAAAUAAAGGCCGAUAUUGCCCGUUCAUGACAAAAAACAACAGCAAGUAUUGCGGCGAGCACAUGGUGGUCAGCGAUUCAAAGAGCGCCAGCAUCCCCGAACGCGUCCCCUGUCCCUAUGAUCCAUCCCACUCCGUUGAUCUGCACAAAUUGAAGAAACACAUGAGCUCCUUGUGCAACGCUCGUCCGCCAGAUGAGCGCCCAGCUUAUACACUGCCGGACUGCAACAUUACACUUUUGCCGUCAGGAUACGCCGAGGGAUUGUUUAGCAAGUGUGGGCAGAUGUGGAGCGAGGAGGGACUGGCAAAGGCUGAUGCCCGGCUGAUGGUCAAGCCAGGUGAGCAGAUCUACAUGGGCGGGGUUUCGAGAACCUUUGGUGAAUUGGCAUCUUUGUCGGAAAAUCCCAAAGCAAAGCCUGGAAACACCCUCGAUGAGCAAACUGUCAGCCGGCUGCUCAAGCCUGUGGUGCUCUCAUAUUUGCGCUCGGUCGGUGCGCUGCAGCUAACUGAAAACAAUAUCGCCACAGAACAGUCGCUCAAGGAUCUGCUCGAGCUUGUCCGUCCGUCGCAGGAGUUCCCUAUGGAAAUUUGCACUCACCCGUCGGUCGAUGAGCGCAAGCACAGAAAGAUCAACCCCAAGCACACGCUGCAGCAGUCGUCCCUAAUUGGUCACUUGGAACAACACAAUCUUUUGGAUCCCAAGUACGCGUUUGUGGAGUUUGGUGCUGGAAAGGGCGAGCUUUCUGUAUACGUGCACGCAGCGCUGGCUAAGAAGCAAGCUGAGGCUGAAUUGGAAAGCAGCAGCAUAUUUCUUGUGGACCGAAAAAACUUUCGCCAAAAAUUCAACAUUGACGAGCCGGACCGUGCGCCCAGUGGCACCACUGAUGCGACAUCUGAUUGCGACAAGCACCAAAGCCAUGCCCGCCGCCAAUUCCAGCGAAUUUACAUUGAUAUCCGGGACCUCAACCUGGCCAGCGUCGAGGGGCUGCAAAUCACUGACCCAUCGACUGGCAAGGUCACCUUGCGCCCAAUUGUUGCCUACUCAAAGCACCUGUGCGGUGCAGCGACGGAUCUGACCAUCAAGUGCAUUGAGCGGUACCAGCAGGCCGGAGGUCACGUAGCUGGUGUUGCCAUUGCCCUGUGCUGCCACCAUGUGUGCAAGUACUCAAUGUUCGUCGACCACACGUACCUUUCCAAGGCGACAACCUCGCAUUCCGCAGCCGAUUUAGGCCAAUGGUGCGACACCCAGAGGGACGAGUUCAGGCAUCUGGCCACCAUGUCGAGCUGGGCGAUAAACUCGCCAGCUCCUCCUGCAUCCUCUGCGCCAAACUCGGAAUUAGAUAAAGCGGUCGCCGCCGCGCACUACUCUGGGCUCACGCAUAGCCAGCGUGUUUGUGCUGGACAUGCAGUGAAGCGCUUCUUGGACAUUGGGCGAGCAGAGUACAUGCGCUACCAGUUGCGUAUGGAUAGCGUUGGGCUUGUUUAUUACACAACGCGCAUUGCGUCGCCAGAAAACCUUGCUCUUCUAGCGACCAAGCUGGAAGCGUAAACGGUUUAUUUGUAUUCUAUUUAUAAGUGAAGCUCAAGUUUCAAAAUACGCUAAUAUGCAAAGUAAAAAAUACAAAUACAAAUACA